AUGCUGGAUGCUGAAGCUGCUUCGGCAGGUCGCCCGAUGGAUCCCGAAAAGGACACUGCGGGCGAGCAAAAGACUAAGAACGGCUUCUCCCUAUCAAGCCUCAGUCUUGCGCCGACGAAGGGCUACUUUCGGCUUCUUUUCCUCACGCCUAGGGACUCGGUGCUCGAUUUCGGUUUGAUUAUCGUCGGACUUUUUGCAGCCAUUGGCGCUGGCAUCCCCUUUCCGCUGCUCGGCAUCCUCUUCGGUGAGCUUGUCGACGACCUGAACUCCACAUCAUGUAGCACCAGCAGCGCGGACGACGAAGCCAUGCAGGCUGCCGUCAACCGGAAGUUGCUGCUCGUCAUCUAUGUCACCAUCGCGAACUUCGCCCUGAUAUGGCUGAAUUGCGGCUGCUGGUCUUUGUUUGGCGAGCGCGUUGUUCGCAAGCUGCGCUACCGUUACCUCAGCGCCCUGCUGCGGCAGGAUCUGGCCUACUUCGAAACGCUGCCGGCGGGGGAUAUCGCGACGCGGCUGGACGCGGACCUGACGACCGUGCAGUCCGGCACGUCGGAGAAGGUUGGCAUCGUUGUGCAGAGCGUGUCGUACUUUGUCACGGCGUACAUCGUCGCCUUUCUCAAGGACGCCAAGCUGGCCGGCAUCCUCGUUAGCCUGGUGCCGUGCUACUUCCUCAUGGCCCUGGGCGGCAACUACUUUACCAAGAAGUAUGUCUCCCGUGUCAGUGAUGGCACCACUAAGGCCACCGCCAUCGCCUCCGAGUCGCUCGCCCACAUGCGUCUAAUUAAGGUCUUUGGCGCCGCUGGGAGGAUCGAGAGCAUAUUUGUUGGUCACCUCCGGAGCAUUCAGGGAGCCGCAGUUGGCAAAUUCCUUACUGCGUCAGUUCAGAUGGGCCUGCUGUAUUUCAUCGCGUACUGCGCUAGUGCUCUGGCCAUGUGGCAGGGUGCCUCAUUCAUCAUCAGCCAGGUUGCUCCUUUUCUGACUAUCUUUGCCAACGCGUCAAAGUCAUCUGAGAAGCUCUUCCUAACCAUCCAGCGACGGGCACCGAUCGACGGAACCGACCGGGAGAGAGGUAUCAAGCGCUCAAACAUGGAAGGCGAUAUCGCGUUUGAGGAUGUGUCGUUCAACUACCCGUCUCGCCCGGAAGUCCCUGUGCUGCAAAAGAUCAGCUUGUCCAUUCCCAGUAACAAGAUGACUGGCGUCGUUGGCCUAUCCGGGAGUGGGAAGUCUACCAUUGCCGCUUUGGUCGAGCGCUUGUACGACCCAGACGAGGGCAAAAUUACCGUCAACGGUACCGAUCUCCGCGAGUUCAAUGUGAACAACUACCGUGGUCAUGUGGCUAUCGUCGAACAGAUGCCCACCCUCUUCAACCGGUCUGUCCUAGAGAACAUCGCCCAGGGCCUCGUCGACUCCGGCCGGCCAGAACACCAAGAUCUGCAGGAAACUCUCCUCGGCGGCGCGCUCGCGCAGCUUGCAGAAGAUGGCCGCAAUGGUGGUGACCUUGAUACGCUUGCUCAGAAGGAUCCUGCAUUGCAGACUAUCGUCAGGCUCGCCCGUGAGGCGGCCGAUCUGGUUGGCGCAACAGAGUACAUCAGCAGGUUACAGCACGGACUGGCGACCACCGUCGGUCCAGGCGGCAGCAUGCUCAGUGGAGGCCAGAAGCAGAGAGCUGCUUUCGCCCGCGCCGUGAUUCGAAACCCCUCGAUUCUCAUUCUCGACGAGGCCACUGCUGCUCUUGACUCGGCUAGUGAGGCCAAGAUCCAAGAUGCUAUGGACAAGUUCUCAACAAAUCGAACCACUAUCAUUAUCGCUCAUCGUCUUUCUACUAUCAAGAACGCUGAUAACAUCCUCGUCAUGGAGCGUGGUGGAAAUGUGGUGGAGCAGGGGACGUAUACCUCCCUCAUAGAAAGAGAUGGCGUCUUUGCCUCCCUUGUGAAGCUGCAGAGCCUAAAUUCUGAUAAUGAGGAGUUGGAUCCGAGAGGCUCUGGUGAUACAACCUCCGACAUCACCAAGACCGAGAAGAAACGCGCUAGACAUGGAGAGGAGAGCCUGGCUGAUGUUGACAAACAAUCCGAAUCCGGGGAAAGUGGUGAUGGCACAAAUGCCCAUGCCCACGAAGAUACCAAAACAAGUGAACGGGGGUUCUUUUCCACCUUCGGCGCCAUCCUUGGUUUUGCCCGCCCCCAGUUUCUGUUCAUCGUCUUCGGCAUAAUCGCCGCCACCAUCGUGGGCGGCUCCCACUCAGGGGAGGCCGUCAUCUUCGGAAACGUGGUUGGCCGUCUCAACAGCUGCCAGCUGCCUUCAGAAAUCCGCGAGAGCGCCUCCCUCUUUGGCGGUCUCUUCUUUGGCCUCGCGUUGCUCGAAUUCUUCGCCAACGUUAUCAGCACCGCCUCAUUCGGCUGGGUCUCCGAGAAGCUCCUGUUCAAGACCCGAAUUCUCAGCCUGCGGUCGCUGCUCAACAAGUCCCUGCACUGGCACGACUCUGAAGGCCGCACGCCUGGCACGUUACUGGCGUACAUCAGCGCUGAUGCCAUCGCCAUGUCUGGGAUGACGGGAACCAUACUCGGAAUCACAUUCUCCGUGAUGGUGAACCUGCUCUCUGGCAUCAUCCUCGCCCACGCCAUCGCUUGGAAAAUUGCUCUCGUCUUGCUCGCCUGCGUUCCCGUGCUUCUCAUGUCUGGCUUCCUGCGUAUCCGUGUCCAAGCCAAGUUUGCAGCCAGCCAUGCCAAGGCCUUCGCGGACAGCGUGGCCAUCGCCAUUGAGGCUGUCGAUUCGAUCCGGAUUAUUAGUGCUUUUUCGCUGCAGAAAGAUGCGGCAAACACCUUCAUACGGAGUCUACGUGCACCUUACAAGGCAACACUGAAGAACAUUGUGCUCGGUAACUUCUACCUCGGAGUCAGCUUCAGUAUUGGAAACUGUGUUUACGCCCUGGCAUAUUGGUGGGGAGCCAAGCAGACCGCCAACGGCACUUACACCCAGACACAAUUCUUCAUUGUCCUUACCGCACUCCUCUUCGCUGCGCAGUCCAGUGGCCAGAUCUUUUCUCUCGCCCCGGAUAUCUCUAAGGCCGCCGUGGCGAGUCGGAGAGUUCUUAGCCUCAUUCUCCCUAAAGGCGAGAAGGCAACCCGCGUAGAGAAAGAAGCCCGACGGACCGCUGGCGAUCCUGAACAGGGAAAAAACUCACCUCUCAAACCCGAAGAACCCCGAGUGGAUGAGAAGGCAGGGAAGGGAGUCACUAUCGCUCUCAAGAAUGUCAACUUCGCCUACCCAUCCCGCCCCGAAGUCCCCGUCCUAACUGACCUCUCCCUCGAUAUCCCCGCCGGUUCCUUCGCCGCCCUGGUCGGACCCUCAGGAGCAGGCAAGUCAACUGUAGUCUCGCUGCUCGAGCGGCUCUAUGUGCCCGCCUCGGGUGCCAUCACUCUGGACGGGCUCGACAUCACCCAAGCCCCUGAGGCCGCCCCUGGGACGAUGCAGGCCUCAUUCCGCGACGAUAUCGCACUCGUGCCGCAGGACACUGUGCUUUUCUCGGGCACGGUGGGCUUCAACAUCGGGCUGGGGGCGCGGCCGGGACAGACAGCGACGCAGGCCGAGAUCGAGACCGCGGCGCGGCUCGCGUGUAUUCACGACACGAUCGCCGCGCUGCCGCAGGGGUACGACACGCCCUGCGGGCCGUCCGCCGGCCUGCAAUUCUUCAGCGGCGGCCAGAAGCAGAGGCUGUGCAUCGCGCGCGCCCUCGUGCGUCGCCCGCGCCUGCUGCUGCUUGAUGAGAGCUCCAGUGCGCUCGAUGCUGAGAGCGAGGCCAAAUGGGAGGCUGCUCUCGAGACGAUCCGCGCUGAGGGAGGGGUCACUAUCGUUGCUGUUGCGCAUCGUCUGCGGACUAUCAAGAAGGCGGGUGUCAUCUUUGUCAUUGAGAACGGGCGCGUGCUGGAUCGUGGUACGCAUGAGGAGCUUGUGGGUCGGUGUGAGAGGUACAGAAAUGAUGUGCUGCACCAGACGCUUGAGUGA